AAGAGCAAUCAAUAAAGAUCAGUUAAAUACUAGAAAAAGAAGUUUGCUUUUCAGCUAUCGCACAGGAGCAGAAUACAAGUCUUUAAAUUUGACUCUGAAUUUACAUUCUGCUAAACCACUGCAAACAUGCGCGAGUGCAUUUCCAUCCAUGUCGGUCAGGCUGGUGUCCAGAUUGGCAAUGCCUGCUGGGAGCUUUACUGCCUGGAACAUGGGAUCCAACCAGACGGACAAAUGCCCAGUGACAACACUCUUGGAGGAUCGGAUAAUUCAUUCAACACUUUCUUUAGUGAGACCGGAGCUGGAAAACAUGUUCCCAGAGCGGUAUUUGUUGACUUGGAGCCAACUGUCAUUGAUGAGGUUCGCUCUGGUACAUACCGCCAACUGUUCCAUCCUGAGCAGCUAAUCACUGGGAAGGAAGAUGCAGCCAACAACUAUGCUCGUGGACACUACACCAUCGGCAAAGAGAUCAUUGACUUGGUGCUGGACAGGAUUCGCAAAUUGGCUGACCAGUGCACUGGUCUUCAAGGUUUCCUUGUUUUCCACAGUUUUGGAGGGGGAACUGGCUCUGGCUUCACUUCCUUGUUAAUGGAACGAUUGUCUGUUGACUAUGGAAAGAAGUCCAAGCUGGAGUUUUCCAUCUACCCCGCUCCCCAGGUGUCUACUGCUGUGGUAGAGCCUUACAACUCCAUCCUGACUACCCACACCACUCUUGAACACUCUGACUGUGCUUUCAUGGUUGACAAUGAGGCUAUUUAUGACAUAUGUCGAAGAAACCUAGAUAUUGAGCGUCCCAGCUACACCAACCUGAACAGGUUGAUGAGUCAGAUUGUGUCCUCCAUUACGGCCUCCCUACGCUUUGAUGGUGCUCUUAAUGUAGAUCUGACAGAGUUCCAGACAAAUUUAGUACCCUAUCCUCGUAUCCACUUUCCUAUGGCCACAUAUGCCCCGGUCAUUUCCGCAGAGAAGGCAUACCAUGAGCAGCUAACAGUGGCUGAAAUUACAAAUGCCUGCUUCGAGCCAGCCAAUCAGAUGGUCAAAUGUGAUCCUCGCCAUGGCAAGUACAUGGCUUGCUGCCUUUUGUAUCGCGGUGAUGUGGUGCCCAAGGACGUCAACUCUGCCAUCGCAAUAAUAAAGACCAAGCGAUCUAUCCAGUUCGUGGACUGGUGUCCCACUGGUUUUAAGGUUGGUAUAAACUACCAGCCACCCACAGUGGUUCCUGGUGGAGACUUGGCAAAGGUUCAGAGGGCUGUGUGUAUGCUAAGCAACACAACUGCGAUAGCAGAGGCCUGGGCUCGACUGGAUCACAAGUUUGACUUGAUGUAUGCCAAGCGCGCCUUUGUCCACUGGUAUGUAGGCGAAGGUAUGGAGGAGGGAGAGUUUUCUGAGGCCAGAGAGGACAUGGCAGCACUGGAGAAAGAUUAUGAGGAGGUGGGAGUUGACUCAGUGGAGGGAGAAGAUGAGGGAGGAGAAGAAUACUGAAAGGGGUAAAUGGGUUUAAGCUCAACAAGACAUGAGUUAGUGUUCUUAUAGGUACAUGCUGACUUCUAAUUUGCGGUGUAAUGUUGUCUUUGUAGAGCUGUUGAAAUUCAAAUUAAAUUGUUAAUGCAUUUUAAUCUAUUGCAGAUGUAAGAAUAAAGUGCACUUUGUAUCCAAUAA